UAAAUUAAUUAAUUAAUUAAAUUAACCUGAAUUAACCAGAGGAGUCGUCUUCUCUUCUUAAUUUCGUCAAUGGGCGAUGGAUCUCUACGAAGCUCCAAAAAUGGCGAAACGACCAAAUUCCGAUCCCUCCGACAGCAACAAACUCCUCUCAAUCAUGGCACAGCCAUUCCGGUGGCUUAAAAUGCUCUCAUCGGAGCUAAACCCGAGUUUCAUCGCCGGCGUGGUGCUCGUCUACGGCUUAAGCCACGGCUUCUCCGGCUCCUAUUUCAAAGUCGUAUCCGAUUACUAUUGGAAAGACGUGCAGAAGCUACAGCCGUCGGUGGUUCAGAUCUACAUCGGGAUUUACACGAUUCCAUGGGUGAUGAAGCCGAUUUGGGGGCUAUUGACGGACGCGUUUCCGGUGAGAGGGUACCUACGGAGGCCGUAUUUCGUGAUUGCGGGGGUGGUUGGGACGGCGUCGGCGGUGGCGGUGGCGAUGAAGGAAGGAUUGGGGAUUUUGGGAGCUCUAGGGCUUUUGAUUGGGAUUUCGGCGGCGAUGGCGAUUGCGGAUGUGACGAUCGAUGCUUGCAUUGUGCGGAGUAGCAUUGAAGUGCGGUGGUUGGCGCAGGAUUUGCAGAGCCUCUGUGGGGCUUGCUCUUCCAUUGGCCACUUGAUUGGGUAUUCCACCAGUGGCGUUUUUGUUCAUCUCCUCGGCGCUCAGGAAGCACUUGGGAUCCUGGCAAUUCCCCCAGCCAUGAUAAUCGUGUUGGGCUUCUUCAUACAUGAGCCACGCUCCUCCACCCUCCAAUCUUAUGGGAAGCCCAAGGGAGAGUCUUUGAAGCAAGUGGGAGUGGCCAUAAGAGACACGUGCAAAGCCAUCAAAUAUCCGCACGUGUGGAAGCCUGCGCUUUUCAUGUUCCUCUGUCUCUCUCUCAGUAUAAGUACUCACGAGGGCCAAUUCUAUUGGUACACGGACAAGAAAGCGGGCCCAGCCUUCUCUCAGGAAUCGGUGGGGCUCAUUUACGCAGUCGGCUCAGCGGCGUCUCUAAUCGGAGUACUAAUCUACCACAAAACGCUCAGAGACGUAAAAUUCCGACGAAUCCUCUUCUUCGCUCAGCUUUUCUACGGCGUCGCCGGACUUCUCGAUGUAGUUUUCAUCCUCCGGUGGAAUUUAGCCCUAAAAAUUCCGGAUGAGUUAUUCGUCGUUUUGGAAGAGUGCGUUUCUCGAAUCGUGUCGCGAAUCCGAUGGACGCCGAUGAUGGUUCUGAACACUCGACUCUGUUCCGUCGGGAUCGAAGGAACGUUCUUCGCAUUAUUGGCUUGUAUUGAUAGUCUAGGCAUGCUGUGCUCGAAAUGGAGCGGCGGAUUGGUGCUCCAUGCUUUAGGAGUCACGAGGAGUGAUUUUAGGAACCUUUGGUUGGUGGUUUUGCUUCGGAGUCUGCUGAGAUUUGUGGUUCUGGCGUUCGUUUUUCUUGUUCCUGAUGCAAGUCAAUCGGACAUUUUGGUUCCGGCCGAUCAGACGGUGAGUAGAAAAAGUUCGACGACUGUGGAGGAAGAUGGCGAUAGCAUUCCUCUCGUCUCCAUGAAAGGAGAGGGCCGAGGUUAGUGCGUUGGCGCGUCGGAUUUGAUAAGUAAGAGGAACGCUGUGCGAGUUCGGGAAGGCAUAGAAACGAGGGUAUAAUUUUGAUGAGGAAGAACGUCAAUGUUUAGGUAAUAAGGUUAUAAUUUGGUGUUAUUAUAAUUUUCAAAUUUUAUACUCCUAAUAUUGUAACUAGAUAUUAUUGCCUCUUUUUUACCUUUAGGAUGGACUCAAAGUUUUAAAAUGAGUCUAUUAGGACAAAUUUCCACCCGAAUGUUUUAUUUUUUGUCUCCAAUAGAUGUAAUUGUUGGGGGUGAAA